AUGAAGGAGAAAUCCAAAACGGCUGCAAGGACUAGACGGGAAAAGGAAAACAGUGAAUUCUAUGAACUGGCUAAAAUGUUGCCUUUACCGUCGGCCAUCACAUCCCAGUUAGACAAAGCCUCCAUAAUAAGACUGACAACAAGUUACCUGAAGAUGAGAAUUGUUUUCCCCCAGGGUCUGGGUGAAGCUUGGGGUCACUCAAGUCGAACGAGAUCCUUGGACAACAUUGGACGAGAGCUGGGAUCUCAUUUACUGCAGACGUUGGACGGAUUCAUCUUCGUCGUGGCCCCAGAUGGGAAGAUAAUGUACAUUUCAGAGACAGCGUCGGUCCAUUUAGGACUGUCUCAGGUAGAGUUGACUGGGAACAGUAUUUAUGAAUAUGUCCAUCCUGCCGACCACGAUGAGAUGACAGCUGUCCUCACCCCACAUCAGCCCUAUCACACACAUUUCGUGCAAGAAUAUGAAGUGGAACGCUCUUUCUUUUUGCGGAUGAAAUGUGUGCUGGCAAAAAGAAACGCGGGGCUUACCAGUGGUGGAUACAAGGUGAUCCACUGCAGUGGCUACCUGAAGAUCCGUCAGUACAGUUUGGACAUGUCACCUUUUGAAGGAUGCUACCAGAAUGUGGGCUUGGUGGCCGUGGGUCACUCUCUGCCUCCCAGCGCCGUGACUGAGAUCAAACUGCACAGUAACAUGUUCAUGUUCAGAGCCAGCUUGGACAUGAAGCUCAUCUUCCUGGACUCCAGGGUAGCUGAGCUGACAGGUUAUGAGCCCCAGGACCUCAUUGAGAAAACGCUGUACCAUCAUGUCCACAGCUGUGACAUCUUCCACCUCCGCUGUGCACACCACCUCUUGCUGGUAAAAGGCCAAGUCACAACUAAGUACUAUCGGUUCCUUGCCAAACACGGCGGCUGGGUCUGGGUCCAAAGUUAUGCCACUAUCGUCCACAAUAGCCGAUCCUCAAGGCCUCACUGUAUCGUCAGCGUCAACUAUGUCCUCACGGACACUGAGUAUAAAGGAAUGCAGCUGUCUUUGGAUCAAAUGAGCCCCAGCAAGCCAGCCUUUCCCUACGCUGACAGUCACAGUGAAGACAGAAAGAGCACCAAGUCACGUCUGACCCAGUCCAAGGCCAAAGCCAGAGUGUCACCCUACCCACAGCAAUUUUCAGCUUUCAAUCCAGAGCGUUCAGAGUCUGACCAAGACAGUCAGUGGGGAGGGAGCCCACUGACAGACUCUGCCUCUCCUCAGCUGUUGGAUCCCAGUGAAGCUACGGAGGCUUCUUGUGCCUACAGAUUGUAUCCAGAAUCGGGUUCCCUGUGCUACGGCCUGGGUCUAUCAGAAGAAGAUCUUGCCCAUGCCCAAACGCAUCCUCACACCACCACCUGUGAUCGUGUUCGAUGCCAGAGUGGCCGCUACUUCCUGGGAACCCCCCAGUCGGGAAGAGAGAUGUGGUGGGACACCACACGCUCCGUUCUCUCGUUGCCAAAAUUCUCAGUGGACAACAGCGAAGGCUACGAAAUAACAUCCUACCAUGGCGCCAUUCACGGACGGGGCCACUGGGAUGAAGACAGCGUAGUGAGUUCACCUGACGGAGGUGGGUCCACCAGUGAUUCGGGUGAGCGUUACCACGGUGACCAAUUCCAAGCGAGCCCUCGAGAGCCCAGCAAGAUGGAGACCCUGAUCCGUGCCACACAGCAAAUGAUCAAAGAGGAGGAGAGCCGUCUACAGCAACACAAGAUGCCACUGGAUGUCUCGGGCCUCACCAAAACUCACAGUCCCUGUUUCACCUCCUCCCUACCCCAUCACUCUCAGCUUACUAUGCCCAGCGUGGUAUGCCGUGGCCCCGGUGCCCCCAGCAUCGACCUCCCUACUGAACGCCUCCAUCACCGAGACAGCAUUAAAGUUCUUGGCCCCAAUGAAAAUGAUGAAAACACGACGAGUCCUGCUUCUUUGUCUCGUCUCAGCAGCCCCAGCUCUGACGGAAUCCCCAGAUCAGGCCUCUCCCUCACCAAAGACUACAUGCAGACAGAUAUGUCCCCACACCCUCAACAACCCCAGGGAAGUCCGCUGAUCUAUCCAGCACAGGAGAGGCAGCCACUGGACAGGCAGGCGGCGUACGCCUUGACUGGGUACUCCCUUGAGCAUCUGUAUGAUCCGGAGAGCUUGCGGAGUUACUCCAGCUUGGCCUGUGGAGGAGUGCAGUAUGAUGUGGCAUCUCAUGUGAGAAUGCAGGCUGAACAAAUACAGGGACAUAAAACCACCUCAGUUAUCAUAACCAAUGGAAGCUGA